UCCCUCCAGGCAAUGGAGAACAUCUAUGUCAGUGUUGAACCUUUUAAACCUCUCCCCAAACCACCAGCUCCAGUAAAAAUCCCAGAAGCUUCAGAAAACUCCAAAAACAGCUUCUAUUUGGGUGUUAUCAUCUUUUUGGUGCUCUUGAAUGUGCUCCAGGCUGGACGGAUCGUCUUUGGUAUCUAUGCUUACCAAAGUGGCAAUUUGGCAGCAGAUUUGUCUGCUAAGCUUUCCUCCAUGACUGUGGAGAGAGACCAGCUCAAUGCCAACCUCACUGACAUGGCUGAAGAGCUGACCAGGCUGAGACAAAUGCAAGCAUGUCCAGCACAAUGGACAACGUUUGGUGACUCUUGUUAUUUUGUGUCUGGAUGUGGUUCCUGGGAUGAAGGCAGAGAGGACUGCAAGAAAAAGAAUGCCCAUCUAGUGGUAAUAAACAAUGCUGAAGAACAGGCUUUUGUGACUAAUUACACUGAGAAGUUCAUUUUGGAUUGGUUUGAACGACAAAGAACUCAUGGCUUGGGCAGUUUGACAGCAGAUUUAUCUGACAUCAAAGACAAUCUGACUGAUCAUCUCCAGGCCAGCAAUGACCAGCUGAUUUUGAUGACGAAACAAAGAGACCUAAUGAAAUCAAACCUCACAGAAACGUCUGAAGAGCUGAUCAGACUUCAAAAUUUGUCCAAGCAAAAGAAAACAUGUCCUGCAGGAUGGAGAAUGUCCAGCUCUUCUUGUUAUCUCCUCUCUACAAACACUGGCUCGUGGGAUAAAGGUAGAGAGGACUGCAGAAACAGAGGAGGAGACCUGGUGGUGAUAGACAACGCUGAAGAACAGAGAUUUAUUUCUACUUUCACCAACAAAUACACUUGGAUUGGUUUGAAUGAUAAAGAAACUGAGGGAUCGUGGAAGUGGGUCGAUGGAACUUCCCUGACCCUGACGUAA